AUGAAGGCCAGAGCACGAGAUCAAUGGAAUUGGCGCAACUUUUUGAUGUGCUUUGGUGUUAGCACAGGUAUGAUUGCAUUCUCAUAUCCUGCAUCGAUCAUUGGGACAACGUUGGCUCAGCCAUCGUUUCUUUCCUACAUGGAUCUUUUGAAUGACCAAGGUGUAUGGUCUACCCAAGCUACACCAUUGAUCGGGGCCAUGUCUGGAAUCUUUCAGGCUGGCGGAAUUUUCGGUAUCAUUGCUGCUACUUAUGCCAUGGAGAAAUGGGGUCGCAAGAUUGCCGUUUAUCUUGCCACAGGCAUUGGUUUAUUAGGAGGGGCUUUGGUCUGUGCAUCACAGAACGUUGGAAUGUUCAUUGCGUUCAAAUUUCUGGCCGGGAUGAGUUCAUGGGGAUUUAUCGCCAUCACUCCAGUAUACACUUCCGAACUUGCUCCUCCUGCCCUUCGAGGUCUAUGUGUGGGCAUGAAUGGAGUUGGAAUUGCUCUUGGCUAUUCUUUGGCAACAUAUAUGGGCCUUGCCUUUUUCUACUCAACCAACAUGUCAACUCAGUGGCGAGGACCUUACGGCAUCUCACUCAUCUUUACAGCACUCCCUGCGCUGAUCGUUAUGUUCAUUCCUGAGUCUCCUCGUUGGUUACUUAUGAGCAAUCGCAUCGAUGAUGCUAAACAAGUCGUCAGGAGGCUUCACAAUCUCGCAGACCACGACGAACAUCAUUUUGCUAUCGCCGAAUACUAUCAGAUGCAGAAGCAGAUCGAGUAUGAUCGCACCCUUGACCCCUCUUACUGGCAACUAAUCAAGCGACCUUCUUAUCGUAAGCGAGUUAUCAUGAGUGCUGGAUAUGCAGCGCUCGGUCAAAGCACUGCAAUAUUAGUGAUAAACAACUAUGGGCCCUCGCUCUACAGCGUCCUCGGUUAUGAUACGGAGCAGCAGCUGAAGCUUCAAUGUGGAUGGAUUACGUGUGGAAUCAUUGGGAAUUUGACAGGUGCCUUGAUUAUGGACAAGGUUGGACGAAAGCCUUUGAUGAUCUUUGGUAUCGGCGGCUGCCUCGCAUGCUUGGUUGUCGAAGCGGCGUUGGUCGCUACCUACGCCAAUCCUAUACUUGCCGAGCCGAACAAAGCCGCGCUACGUGCUGCAGUGGCAGCGUUCUAUGUCUUUGUGUUCAUAUAUGGCUGCGGCGUCGAUGUUGCUGGGAUCGUUUUCGAUGCGGAAAUCUACCCCAAUCAUUUGCGACCCAAGGGCUUGGCUUUGACGGUGGCGUCAACAUGCCUCUCAUCCUUGAUCUAUCUUCAAGUCUCUCCCACAGCAUUCGCAAACAUUGGCUGGAAAUUCUACUUGGUCUUCAUUUGCAUCUGUACUGUCGGUCUGGUGUGGAUAAUCAUAGUCUUACCUGAGACCAAAGGUAUACCAUUAGAAGAAGUUGCAGCAUUGUUUGGUGAUCAGGAUGAGGUCAUGGUCUACACCGCCGAUCUCCAACUUGGUGAAGGCAAGAAUGAGUUGGUGGUCAGAGAACAUCAGGAAUUGGAAGACGAGCACGGCCCAGACAAGGAGGCAGUACGUCCUGUUCAUCAGGAGAUUGUGGGGCUCUCGGCGUAG